CAGGAUUUUCUCAUUUCCAACCAGAUUUUCAUUUUAGAAACAUCAAAAUCCAACGUAAAUUCUCCGUAAUAGUUUAGUUAGGAAUAUAAAUUAAGACCAAAAUAAAAAUAGUAUGAAAAAUAAGUUUUAGGAUAUUAUUUUGCUUUAGAAAUUCUUAUUCAUAUUUUCAACCCGAUUUUCGAAAUCAAAAUGAACAAUCGAGGCCGAGGUCUGAACACAUUCUCCUUCUGGAAGGGACAGUCAGGAUUGCCCUGUUCGUACACACCAUCGAUUGCUGGAGGCAUGCCAAUGCAGACCAUCAUACAUCGCCCAGUACCGAUCGUGAUGCCAAGCCUGGACCUGGGAGUGGGAGACGCUCGAAGGACUGACCCUCCUUCAAGCAGGCAGGCAGUCUUGAAGCCCCUUUGGAAGAUAGGAAAGGAAGCCUCUUGUGGCGAUAAGGACAACACGGACAUUAGCUUGCGGCUGGCUGGAGUUAUGUCGGCGCUUCGAAAGGCCGGAGUAAAGUUGCGUGCCGACCGUUUGGGUGUCCACCACAGCAUCCACCAUGGCCUCAAUCAUGGCUGCUCCAAUAACUCUACCACUAAUCUGGCAGAUAGUCGCCAGUGCCAUAGCCUCCAUGAGUUCCGCCAACAACCGGGAUCCAGUUCCGGAUCUAUAGGUUCCGCAGUUCCUAAGAUCAGUUAUUGGUAGCAUUUUCAAGGAGGUUCUAUUCUAUACUAUUGAUAUAGUUUCUAUGAAACCUUUAUAAAAUUUGAAAAUGGGACUAUUCGGAGAACUGAUUACUCGGCGCCUAUAUUCACCAAUGCAUUUUUUAAUGUUUAAAAAGGAAGUUUCUUUUAAUUUCCAUACUUGGCUUUAGCUUUUUUUAUACCUCGAUUGUACCCAAAUCAUUUAAAGACUGAAAUUCCGCUUAUUUGGCUG